UUCUGCUGUACCAUUUUUGCUACUAGAAAUUUUGAAUUUUUUCUUGGAUGCAUCUAUUGAUGACUUAACUACCAUAAUCAGGACUGUUAUGUAGUAAUCAAAAUUUUAUUGUAAGGUGAUUUGAUUCCCAGAUGUCAAAGGAUAGUUGCUAAGCCAUCAAAAACUACUAAUUAUUUCCAAACAAAGUUAAGGCAGUGGAUCAACUUUACAAUAGGACUCUUGCAUACAAAUACGAGAUAGAUGCUUAUUUUCUUAUUUAAUAGAUGCUUUGAAUUCUUUGUUGAAUUUGUGUCUCUUUUCUCAUUAGAAAAUGAAAGGGCAUGAUGAAUACUAAAUAUUUAAUAAUUUAGAAGUGAUUUUAGAAAUUAUUGUAAUUGGAUUAAAUAUUCUAAUCAUAGUAGAUAUAUUUCAAGAAUUUUUGUUCUUAAAAUGAUGCCCUUUUUUUGUAAAUUGGAAAAUCAGCUUUGUCUGUCCAUAAUUUUCUCUUACUGCUUACUUUCUCUUACUUGCUCUAAAGGUGGUGCAGCCUAAUGGAAAAGUGGCCUAGUAAUAAAGUAAGUUAGUUUUCCCUUCUAAUUCUGUAUUUCAUCAUGCAAGUGAUGUAUGGUAAAGAAACAUCAAGACAACAUUGAGGAUCUCUGUAAUAAUACUUAUAUUAACUUACCUUUUCCUUCUUAUUUUAGUGUGUUUUGGUAUGUGAGAGAAAUAAAAUCUCCUUCAAUAUAUUACAUACUUUAUUUGGAAGUAAUGGUUUUUAUGCAAAUUAAGGUUUCUUUAUCUUUAAAUUAUUUCAACAAACUUAUUGAUUUCUUUUAGUAUUUAAAAUAUUAAAUUUAAUCAUGAGGCAAACAAGCCUUUAUUAAUUCUUAUUUUUUAUUAAGAUGAGUAACUUGAAUUUCUUUGCUAAUUUAUUGUGCUGAAAAAUAAAGUUAAUAUAUGAUCUAAAAUGUUCACAGUUACUGGAAAUAUUCAGGGCUUUCAAGCAUUUAUGAAAUACUAUUAUAAAAAAAACUCGGGAAAUAAUUUGUAGUAAUUGGUUUCUGGUGUAUGUAAUUUCUUCCGAAAAUACACAUUUCAAGUAACAGCAUAACCGUCAGCAAACAUGAAAAUAUUGCUUGAAAAAGAAUGAGAAGUAUUUAUUAAAGAAAACAAUAACAUUAAUUUAUUUUAAUUUCCUUGUGUUCUAAUUUAUUAGUUUAAUUUAUUCUAAAAAGUAUAUUUGAGUUUAGGAAUUGUAGUAUUUAAUAAUUAUUGAGUACUUCAUCAAAUACUAUUGGAAUGAUAUAUGCAUUAGAAAUGCCAAAAUAAUGUUUCAGAAUACUGUAUCAUCUUUACAGUGUUUGUGCUGUGCAAAAUAUUUAUGUCAAAACUCUAAGGAAUAAACACUUUUUUUCAAUAUGAAAUUUUCAUUAAGUGGAGUGUAUCAAUGUAUGCUUAAGAGUAUGCCAAAUGUGUGUAUUAUAGGGAAAUUUUAGUUAUAAAUAAGUUUGUUAGAGAAAGUCUUCACUGUAUGAUGAAAAAUCUAUUUUAUCAAUAAUUUGAAAGUCAAUAUUCAAAUUUAAUGUAUUUUUAUUGUCUCAAGUCAUAGCUGAGAUGAAAUAGGAUAAAAAAGUUUAAAUUAUUUAUUGAUUGGCAAGAGCACACUUGCAGAAGAAAUUCUCCACCCUCUCUGUAAUAAGAAUUUCUUUUUAAAUUUCCUGCCAAGUUGUUAUGCAUCAUUGAAAAUGCAUAAUGAUGGUUAGAGGUGUUUGGAAUUAAUGUUUCACAAAUAAUAACUUAAUAACUCUUGAAUGUAACAUCUAAUCAAUUCUGAAAAUAAUGUAUGUGUAAUAUGUGAGACAAAAUAUAAGGUACAUUGAUGGAUGCCAAUAAUUUGUGAACAAGGUGAAAAUAUUUAUUAUUAGAAUAUGUUAAGUGUUGUUCUCCUGAAAAUAAAUUUCUGUGAACUUGUAUGAGGCAGAAUGAUUUGGUGUACUGUGGGCAUGAAAACAAAUUCCUAAGACUCUAUAUGAACUUGAACUGAAUCACUUCAGUUGUAUCCUAGUUUUUUUUUAACUCUAUGUACUGUGUAAUUUAAAUUUAUGUACUGGUGCAAAAGUUGUUUAGGCUUACUCUCUUCUUCUAUUGAAAUUUUUGGAUCAUUGCCAAGUCCCCUUAUCACAUUUAUUUGAGAUUAGUGAGUCAUUGGUAUAAGUCACCAUCAUUGAAUAUUUCCUCUGAAGUUGGAAGAUGAAAUUAGGCAAUCUUUCCAAGUAUUUAACAAAUAGUAGGGGUUAUUGCAAUAAUGUGCACAUGAAAAAAAAGUAUGGUGCAAUUGUUAUAGGGGGAGGAUACUUGCAACGUGCUGGUGUAGAUGUGUGUGUCUUUGAGAGAAGAUCAAUAGUGGGAGGGGCUGCAGUAACAGAAGAAAUAAUACCUGGCUUUAAAUUCUCCAGGGCUUCAUAUGUUUUAAGUUUACUUAGACCACAGAUCAUCAAUGACUUGGACUUAAAGGCAAGGAGAUAUGGUUUAAAGGUGUAUAAACGAGAUCCUAGUUCUUACACUCCUCUGAGAUCAUCUGAAUGGAAAAAUGGAAAACCAAGAUCUCUUACAUUAGGAAGAGAUAUGGCAUUGAAUGUUCAACAGAUUGGACAGUUUUCAGAAAAGGAUGUGCAGGCAUUUAAAGAAUAUGAACAAUUAAUGGAGAGACUUGUUAAAGCUUUGGAUGUAUUGAUUGAUUUACCACCAUCAGAUGUAGUAGAAAUCUUAGCAAUGCCCACAAUAUGGGGGAAAGUAAGAAGAAUUGCUAGUAACCCACGAAUGAGACCAGCUGUCUACGAUUUCAUGAAGUUGGGAACUGAUAUGUUGGCAUUAUAUGAAUUUCUCACUACACCUAGUAGCCAAAUUCUCAAACGAUGGUUCAAUUCUGAACCAUUAAUUGCAACAUUGGCAACUGAUUCUGUAAUUGGAUUUAUGGCAACUCCAGACAUGCCAGGAACUGGAUAUGUACUACUGCAUCACCUAAUGGGUGAAUUGGAUGGUGUUCGUGGUGCUUGGGGUUAUCCUGAAGGAGGUAUGGGUGCAGUUACAAAAGCUUUGGCAGAUUCAGCCAUGGCUGUGGGAGCAGAUAUUUUCACCAGUAAAAAAGUGCAACAAAUCAAAGUAGAUAGCAGAGGAUUUGCUUCUGGUGUUAUUUUAGAAGAUGGUAUUGAAAUUAAUGCAGAUAUUGUGUUAUCUAAUGCAACCCCAAAGGUGACCUUUUUGGAUCUUAUCUCUCCUGAAGCAUUACCUGAAGAUUUUCUGUGUGAUGUUCGCAGUAUUGACUAUACAUCACCUGUUACGAAGAUAAAUGUGGCUGUGAAUAAGUUACCCAAUUUCAUUGCUGACCCAUGCACUGAGCCAGGUCAUCCAUUGCCCUUACACCAGUGCACAAUUCAUCUGAACUGUGAAAAUUCAAAUGCUAUUUUUGAAACUUAUCAGUAUGCUCUAGAAGGGAAACUCUGUCAGAGGCCCUUAAUUGAAAUGGUGAUUCCAUCAAGUGUAGACCCAACACUGGCACCUCCAGGUUGUCAUGUGUGUUUGCUAUUUACGCAAUAUACACCAUAUACUUUGUCCAAUGGCAAAACCUGGGAUGAAGAAACAAAGGAAGAAUAUGCUAACAUUGUGUUUGAUAGUAUAGAAGAAUAUGCUCCAGGUUUCAAAGCAUCUGUUGUUGGUAAAGAAGUUCUUACUCCACCUGAUUUAGAGAGUAUAUUUGGAUUAACAGGAGGUAAUAUUUUCCACGGAGCAAUGCCUCUUCAUCAGCUCUUUUUGUCACGGCCAACGCCAGCAAGAAUAAAUGAGGGAGGAAAUGAAUUCAAGAACAGAUCGAAUGUUUGUGGAUCUCCAUAUACCCCUAUACCCCAUCUUCUCCUCUGUGGAAGUGGAGCACAUCCUGGGGGAGGCGUAAUGGGUGCCCCAGGGCAGAUAGCAGCAUCAGCUGUAAUUGGAAAAUUAUAA